GUGCUAUAUAUACUUCUCGUGCUGUUAGGGUUACUUUGCGUCUGAAGCAGGACGAAGAGGCGGAGGCUGUUUGUUUUUUCAUAGCGAUGGCGAGGAUCAAGGUCCAUGAGCUUCGCGGGAAGACGAAAACUGAGCUCCAGAAUCAGUUGAAGGAGCUGAAGAAUGAGCUUUCCCUACUCCGCGUUGCUAAGGUGACCGGUGGCGCGCCCAACAAGCUCUCGAAGAUAAAGGUGGUGAGAUUGUCGAUCGCGCGUGUGCUGACUGUGAUCUCGCAGAAGCAGAAAUCUGCGCUGAGGGAGGUUUACAAGAAGAAGAAGCUCCUACCGCUGGAUCUCCGCCCCAAGAAGACGCGUGCGAUCCGCCGCCGGCUUACCAAGCAUCAGGAGUCUUUGAAGACAGAACGUGAGAAGAAAAAGGAGAAGUACUUCCCCCUGAGGAAGUAUGCCAUCUUAACUUAGAUAUCAAUAUUGUGAUUCUUAAGCUUUGCCAGAUUUUGUUAUUCAUACUGGAGUUCCAGUGUGAUCGAGAUCCAUAUUUUUGUUCAUCUUGUUAUACCGAAGUAUGCCAUUAGAUUUGUUAUUCUGGAAAUGUUAGUCUGAUACAUUCUAGUAAGUAAUUUGCCCUUUCUCUUCUGUAUUAA